AUGGCCCCAGCAGAUAAGCUUGAAAAGAAACCAAUUAGUUUCUCCAACAUCCUUUUGGGUGCUGGUUUAAACAUGUCCGAAGUAACAACCUUGGGACAACCUUUGGAAGUUAUCAAGACCACCAUGGCCGCCAACAGAAGCUUGACCAUGGCCCAGGCUGCUAAAUUGGUGUGGAGUCGUGGUGGUGUUCUCGGUUUUUACCAAGGUUUAAUCCCAUGGGCGUGGAUCGAAGCAAGUACUAAAGGUGCCGUGUUGCUUUUCGUCUCCUCAGAAGCAGAAUACCAAUUCAAGAAAUUGGGAGCAGAUAACUUUGUUAGUGGUAUGGGAGGUGGUGUUAUGGGUGGUUUAGCACAGGCUUACUUGACAAUGGGGUUCUGUACUUGUAUGAAAACCGUUGAAAUCACUAGAGCCAAGCAAGCUGCAGUCAGCGGUGGUGCUCCACAACAAACCAGUUUCCAAGUUUUCCAAGAUAUUUGGAGAAGAGAAGGUAUCAAAGGUAUCAAUAAAGGUGUCAAUGCCGUUGCCAUUCGUCAAAUGACCAAUUGGGGUUCCAGAUUCGGAUUCUCAAGAUUGGCCGAGGAGUGGAUUAGAAAGAUGACUGGCAAAACCAACCACGAUCAAAAAUUAUCCAAUUUGGAGAAAAUCGGAAGUUCAGUUAUCGGUGGUGCAUUGAGUGCAUGGAACCAGCCUAUUGAAGUUAUUAGAGUUGAAAUGCAAAGUAAAACCAACGACCCAAACAGACCAAAGAAUCUUAGUGUGUGGGGUGCAGCCAAAUACAUUUACCAAAACAAUGGUGUUAAAGGAUUAUACAGAGGUGUGACACCAAGAAUCGGAUUGGGUGUUUGGCAAACAGUGUUUAUGGUUGCCUUUGGUGACAUUUUCAAGAAGAUGUUGAAUACGGACGGAGCAGGCCAUUAA